AUGACUAUCAAUAAGAGUUCGCGUGAAAAUCAAACACAAUUGGAAAUCUCGUGUGAGAUAUUUUCCAAGCCAGGUCGAUACUUUAUUGAAUACUUUAUACAAGGUAUUACAAAGAAAUUCAGGUUGUUGACAUCAAAACCAUUCAUCGUCCGAAGCGAAAAAGUUCAUAUUGAAGUAAAGAAGAACCACACGGCAUUUGGUGGCUCGUUAUCAGCAUGGUUGAACAGCAAACAAGGACGUUGCAAACCCUUUAGAGGAAACUUAAAAUUGUUUUGGAUAAAGAGCAGUAAAGAGCAUGUUUUAGUCGCCACAAAGAAAAUCAAGAAAGAGAAACUUGAAAGCAGAUCACGAAGUACAACAAAAACAAUAGCGAGAAGUCAUAACAUAAGCGUCAUCUGGGGAAAGUAUGAGAUUACAGCUCAAUCAAAAAGUAUAUUCCCUUGCUCUAAUUCCUUCGUGAUCAAGUUUUCUUCACCUGGUUAUUGCGACAGAACCGAAGACAAGAUUGAAAUGAGAUCCAAGGUUUAUAAUAACGUCAUUGACUCUCAAAGAGCUUUCCAUGGUUUCAGAUCCGCAUUUUUCUCAUGCGCAAUAUUUAAAAAGCAAAUUCGUGAUUAUUGCUUUUACUACACCACAAAGUCUUCUUUGACCAAUGAAAGGAAGGUCCAAGCAACUCUGUGCGUGCCUUCAAAAAAGCGAACGGGACCUCAAUGGACUGAGUGGUCGAAAUGGUCAGCUUGGAGUUCUUGUACUGCGUUUGGUGGUUGUGGCAAAGGAAAGAAAUACAGACUGAGAUAUUGUCCUUUAGAAAGUUAUCGCUUUCAAAAAUCAGACGAUACCUCACUUUGCGCCGGAAAGGGCAUAGAGUCAAAGUCAUGCUCGCUGUCGCCAUGUGAAGAGUGCAAAUCAUGUGGCUGCGUGUUCUCUAUGCCUGCUGGUACUAUCAUAUCCCCGAAGUCUCGUGUGUCUUUCAUAACUAAAGAACGGUCAAAUUGUCACUGGUUCAUUGAGAUAGCGAAACAAAAGACAAUAAAAAUAUGGUUUGAUUCCUUAAACCUUGAAAAAAAUGCAUCAGUGGUGAUAAGAGAUGGAAAUAGUUCUAACUCGGAAAUAUUGAAGAGAAUAACACAUCAAAGUCAAACUCAAGUUGACGAUAUUUACAGUACAUCUAACAUAGUUUCAAUAUGGUAUGAGAAUAAUGGCACUAAUGGAAAUUUCCAGCUGCAAAACAGUUUUGGUUUCCAGCUUUCAUAUUCUAGCGUCGACGGAUCAAAAACUCCUGUCUCUGCAUCAUCAACAAGGUCUCAGUUAAGAUCAAGGCGACUUGCCAAAAUGACAUUUAUUGGUAUUCUCGUAAUUUUGAUUGUUAUAACAUUUUCCAUUGUUGCAAUCAUUAUUAUAAGAAUAAGACGUCAAAGGUUACAUGAAAAUGCAACAAAGACAACUUUAAGUCAACAUCCAUCCUCUCACACCAGCCAUCGACCAUCUUCGUCUCGUACGAGCACAGCCUGUAUGUCAGAGUCAACCAACAGAUCAUUUUAUGAGCAUCCAUUUUCUGCUGAUGAAAGUGUAAAUAACAACCCAAAUGUUCCUGGAGUGAGUUCUAAUCACCGAGCGGGGAUGUUAACACGUAUGGAACAAAGGACACCGGUGCAUGUCUGUCCAAAAUGUUGUUCAUUUGUUGAACAGCACUUUUGUGAAUGUUGCCAUGCAGAUAGCAGAAGGAUUUUGAACACCCACCAUGGGACAAAUGUAGAAAAUAGACCUGGCGUUUGUCGCUCUCAACGUGUACAUUCAAUAAUUGAACGACGAGUUAGCCUUAGUGGGGCAAGUAACGUCUCACAAGAUUUUCCAGAAAGAAAUUAUCCAUCAUAUUUAUAAAAUAGUAUAUGUGAAAGAAAGUAGAUUAAUUUAUUUUAGUGGAUUUUAUAUUUAGCUAAUGAAUUGUGAGGAUAUAUAUAUUAUCGAAUGAAAGUCCGUAGAAUAAAAUAAAAAUUAUAAAAGACUGUUUCCAAUAUGUAUAAAAAUUAACAUUACCAUUAACAUUAUUGUGAAUACAAAUCAAGUGCCUUAUUCAUACUAAAUUGUCGUAUAUGUAAAUAUAUAUUCCAUUCUUUCCUGUUAUAUACAGCCUAGUCAUAGAUUUUUUUUCAACGAAACGUCGAUAGAUUAUAAAACAUUCCUCAAUAGCAAAUUAAACGUUUUUACUGUAUAGUCUGACGAUUAAAAUUUUUAAAAUAUUAAAUAACCUCUAAUGACUUUAUAAUAAGCCCUCCUAUAACUGCAUGCGUUCAUGUCAAGAAAAUCGAUGUCAGUAAAAUUAAAACCAGGCACAUUA